AUGUUGAGUCAGCGGCUGUUGGGUCAAGACUUCAAUGCCUCUGACAUUCUCCAGCUGUACACGGCGUAUCGUCGCAGUGGGGCCACGGUGGGCAUCGAUUCGGACAACAGCCGGGAUGCGCUCUUCAGAGCCACCAUCCACACCGCCUUCUCUGCCGCUACUGGCACCCCCCUCCCUGCCCUCCCCCCAGCGGACAUUCCUCUCUUCCUCGCCUGCCUGGCAGCGGCCAUCCGUCUGCCCCCUCCCCGUGCGCUCACCAUGGUGCUCGCAGCCCUCGCUGCCCGCACACGCUCCUCCUUCCUGCAGGCCUGGGCACUGGUGAAGCAGAAUCGGCGCAGUGAUGCAGAGGAGGAGCUUCAACGCCUCGCCAGCAUCGCCACCACCCUGCCCCCUCCUACCAACUCG